CAGGAAAGGAUAAUGGUUACGUAAUUGUUACCCGCCGAUCAAAAAAUAUUGGCGGUACUACUGGGAUGGUAUGGCUUGUGUGCGACCGUAGUGGUGAACACCGUAGUAAAGCAACAGUUAGGAAAGCUGGUAGCAAAAAAAUCGGCUGCCCAUUUUCAUUACUCGCCAUCCGGGACGUGAUGAACGACACGUGGGAGUUAAAAGUGGACUGUGCGAACCAUAACCACGAACCUACGACGAGUCUGUUGGGCCACGCUUUUGUGCGAAGAUUUACUAAAGCCGAAUACAAGCUAGUGGAGCAGCUAACUGCUCAAAACAUGGAGCCACGUAUCAUAUUUCAAACCCUAAGAAAGCAGUUCCCCGACAGCCUGCACGUUCAGAAAGACGUGCAAAAUGCGGUACAAAAAAUUAGAGCGACAAUAAUGGACGGAAAGAAUCCUAUUCAGGCACUGGAAAGCCUGCUGCAUGACCGCCGAUUCAUUUACGACACCCGACAAGAUCCCAAAACAGAUGUCGUAACAGAGAUUUUCUUUGUUCAUCCUUAUUCAAUCACUAUGUGGCGUGCAUUCCCGCACGUGAUGUUGAUCGACGCGACCUACAAAACAAACCUCUACAACAUGCCAUUUGUCCAGGUUGUGGGUAUGACGUCGACUGGGAAGUCUUUUUGUAUCGCACAUGCCGUUAUUUGUAAAGAACGAAGGGGUAACUACGUGUGGGUGCUUGAGCGGAUCAAGUCAAUAUUGCAUGAAUGUAUGAUGCCGCGUGUGAUAGUCACGGAUAGGGAGCUUGCCCUAAUAAACGCGUGUUCUAAAGUAUUCCCGAACGCAAAAAGGCUUCUAUGCCACUUUCACAUCCAACAAAAUAUAGCUAGAAAGUGCAAGUCAGGGUUCGAUAAAGAAGAUUGAGGGAAAUUUAUGUCGUACUGGCGGACAUUGUGCGAAUCUUCAUCAGAGGCCAUGUACAAGUACAACUUGGAGAAAAUGUAUAACCGACUCGUGGUUGCCAACCGAGAAAGUGUCUAUGAUUACGUCUACGAAAACUGGCUCAAAGACUAUAAAGAAAUGUUCGUUUAUGCGUGGACCGAUAAGUGUCGCAACUUUGGUCAGCGCACCACCAACAGAGUUGAGAGCCAGCACGCAAAUUUAAAAAGAUACAUUACGCGCGGGAGUUCAUUGGAGCGAAUAGCAAGAUGCAUCAUUGAUAUAGUUGAAACUCAGUACGAUGAAAUACAAAAAAGUUUCACUGAGAGCAUCGAAAAAACGAUGAACCACCACAGACACCGAAUGUUGGACAACCUACGUGGAAAGGUUUCCCAUGAAGCACUUGAUUUGCUGGAAAAAGAGCUACUGAGGAAGAUGGAUGUGUUGCGGAAACUUAACGCAUCAUGUGGUUGCCAUAUGUGGCUUAGCAAAGGAUUGCCGUGUGCUUGUAGGCUGGAAAACUACACACGUACAGGGCGUAUAAUACAACUCGACGAGAUAGAUGUAUUCUGGCGUAAGCUUGACUUGCUCCCUUGUAAACUGGUAGACGAGGAGGUCGAUAUUGUAGCAGAGCUCAAUAAUGUGCGGCAACAUUUAGAGGCGCAGUCCCCCGUUCAGCAAAAGAGUAUUCUUUCAAAGAUAAAAGCGGUUUUCACCCCGAAAUCGUCAACCAAGAAACCACCGAUCGUCCAGCAAAACACUCGCGGUCGGCCUACAUCAAAGAAAGUACAAGAAAGGCUAGAUGAAGCUGCGAGGUUAGACCAAGCUGCGAGAUACAGCUCCUGUGGCGAGGACAGCAACGUAAUUACCGCUUCCCCCAAGCAUAGGUACGAUUUACCCCGACACAGCUCAUACGUACCGUCAGAGGGCUCUCGUGGAACUGGUUCGUUUGUGAAGUCUGAAAAACCUAAAAUGCAACCAAACAGUUCAACAAGUUCUAAAAAGAAGGAGACGAGGGAUGAUAAGGUUUUUCCAUUAAUAAAGGGGGACGAGCACUUGUUAUGCAUUAAGAGGUUUAAGAAUCAAAUUCCAUCAGAGUUUCGCUCUUACAUAUCGCGUAUACAAGAUGUGACCCCAGACGGUCAUUGUGGGUACAGGUCUGUGGCUGUCGGGUUAGGUUUUACGGAACACGCAUGGCCCAAUAUUCGAAGAGAUUUACUACUGGAGAUUGACCAUAACAAACCGCGUUGGAAGCAUGUAUUCGAAACAUAUAACGAAGGAGACUUUAAACGAAUACGUAUUUGCACAAGAUGAUUUCCACUUCGAUCACUGCUCGAAACAAAAGCCGGGAGUGGUGUACGAGUGGUG